AGAGGGAGAGAGAGAGAUGGUGGAAAAAAAUAGAGAAUUCAGUUGUUUGUCUUAUGAUCUGAAUGGAAAUGGGUAUUUUCAGAAACUCACAUUUCUAUUAUUAAUAUAUUGGAGCUGCUUUUCCAUAACCCAAGUGGGUGCUUCCAUCCAUGAAUAUCAAAACCAAACCUUUUUCCGCCGUUCUAAUUCUUUCUUCUUCCGUGGUGGAAGUGAAGGCCUUUACGCUUUAAAGCAUCAUCUUCAUCCUCACAAAAUGCCUUCUCCUGAGGAAAAACAUCUCAAUGGCAACUCUUUUAUCAGGUUUGAGUCGAUCACCUUUCGAAGAACGAAAGAGUCUGCUGAAAAGAAGAAUGACAUGCAGCAAAAAACUGGAUUGGUUGAGGCUAUAAUAGUUGAGGUAAAAGACAGGGAGAAAAUUGGAGGUUCGAAUUUGCAUUCCGCCGCUAUAUGUUGCACUCCAGAUCUUUAUAAGGAAGGAUCAUGCAAUGUAGGGGAGGUGAUCAUCCACCAAGAUCCAAAUCACCCGUAUAGUCCACAACGAAUACAAACCUUCUUUGAUGGAAAAAAUGAAGAGACUACUAUGAUGCUGCAAACAAUUGAGAUCAAUCAUACUGGAAUGUACUAUUUGUAUUUCAUGUUCUGUGAUCCGGAACUCACGGGCAUGACGAUCAGUGGAAGAACUGUCUGGAGAAAUCCCGGAGGUUAUGUUCCUGGAAAGAUGGCACCACUGAUGACGUUUUUCGGGGUAAUGUCUCUAGCAUACCUCGGCCUCGGACUUGUCUGGUUUCUGUGGUCUGUGCAAUACUUGAAAGGUAUGAUAAAACUGCAGUACCAUAUUACAGCAGUGAUUGGUCUGGGAAUGUGUGAAAUGGCUCUAUGGUACUUUGAAUAUGCAAAUUUUAAUGCAACUGGAAGCAGACCAAUGGGAAUUACACUUUGGGCAGUUACCUUCACUGCUGUUAAGAAGACCGUCUCCCGUCUACUCCUUUUAGAAGUUUCGAUGGGCUUUGGUGUUGUGCGACUGACCCUUGGACAUGUAAUCUUCGAAGUUCUCCUUGGUGUGACCUACUUGGCCUUUUCAGAAGCACUAGGGCUGGUUGAAAAUAUGGGGAAUAUCGACGACUUAACUGGAAAAGCAAGGAUAUUUCUGGUUCUACCUGUUUCUCUGUUGGAUGCUUGCUUCAUAGUCUGGAUCUUUUCUGCAUUGUCUCGGACUCUAGAGGAGCUUCAGAUUAGAAGAAGCAUGGCCAAGUUUGCACUCUACCGGAGGUUUGCCAAUACACUAGCAAUUUCAGUUCUGCUCUCCAUUGCUUGGGUUGGUUAUGAGUUGUACUUUAAUGCAGCUGACCCCUUAAGUGAACUGUGGCAAAGAGCGUGGAUAAUCCCGGCUUUCUGGAAUCUGCUUGCGUUUGUACUUUUGGUGGUAAUAUGUAGUCUUUGGGCUCCAUCGAACAAUCCGACGAGAUAUGCAUAUAUCAAGGAGACAGAGGACAAGCUUGAUGAGGAAGGUAUCUCCCUCACGAGAAGUAGUGCUGUAUCGGCCGGACAAUCAGCAGCCAAGCCGGAAAGGAAGGCAUUGAAUGCCGAUUUAUUCAGGCUCGGUGAAGAGUUCGAGGAGGAUAAACGAGAGUAGUAAGCACCUUAUCUUCCCAUGUCCCAACAGAGUUCAUGUAGCAUGCAUAUGUAGUCCCCUUUCUGCAUCUCAUAUGUUGUCCCAACAGAAU